CAGAAAGAAACGGUGAUGUGGCAUCAUUGGAGCAAGAGGAGGACCAGUUAUCAAAGCUUGUUAUAAAUGACGAUAACUAACUUGUACCCGGGUAAUUUGAGUCCGGCUUCCUUUAAAAUAAACGCUUCCUCCGUACCGUCUUUGCCUUCUUCUCCACCCGUCGUGUCUGUGGUCUGUGUGUCUUACAAUUGGUGUCGGAGGUGCCUUAUUUACGCCGAGAGAUGCUGGCUCUUGUUCACUUUCUCAAAUACUUUCGUCAUUAUCUGCUUGGGCGCCCAUUUCGAGCACGCACCGACCAUCGUGCUCUGCAGUGGCUGCAAACCUUUCGCGAACCUGAAGGCCAGGUUGCUCGCUGGCAGGAGCGGUUGCAAGAGUUUGAUUUUACCUGUGAAUACCGCCCUGGAACCCGCCACGCUAACGCUGACGCCCUUUCCCGACUGCCGCCUGAUGUUUCCCCGGUGAAUGCUAUAUUGAAUACAGGUCUAGAUGUGGAUUGGGCAGCACUGCAGGCGUCUGACGCCGAUAUUCAACCUGUCUACUCCCGACAGCUUCACGGGAACGAUAAACCGUCGAGUAAAGAACUACAAAGUCUGUCUGACGCAACCAAAUGCAUCUGCGGUAAGUGGGGGAUACUACGCCUGAUUGAUAACGUUUUGUACAUAGUCGAACCGCCAUCAUCGCCUCGCCUUCUCGUGCCACGUUUGAAAGUCCCGGAGGUAAUACGUCUUGUACACCAGCAGCUGGGUCACGCUGGCCAACGAAAAACCGAGCACGCCGUCCGUCAACGCUUUUGGUGGCCACUUCUUCACCACGACGUCACUGAGUUUUGCCGCAACUGUGCUACGUGUGCGCAGAUUAAACAGCCCAAAGCAUCCCCCCGAGCACCGUUAGUCCCGAUGCUUACCGAGGCGCCUAAUCAUCGCGUUGGGGUAGACGUAAUGGGGCCAAUAACAACGUCAAGACGCGGCAAUCGAUAUAUACUUGUCAUGGUUGAUUACUUCACCAAGUGGUGCGAAGCCGUCCCCUUGCGACAACAAGAUGCCUUAACGAUUGGCCGCGCGUUCAUAGACAAUUGGGUGUCCCGUUUUGGUGCCCCUCUUUAUCUACACUCUGACCAGGGCGCUGCAUUCGAGAGUUAUCUUCUUGCUCACAUCUGCAAUACCUUUGGCAUCCGGAAGACCCAUACUACGCCAUACCACCCACAGGGUAAUGGACUCGUUGAACGUACUAACAGAACUAUUAAGAACCUCAUCAGUGCCUUCUUAUGCAACGCACCGGAGAAUACCUGGGAUGAGGUCCUACCCCAGUGUUUGCUGGCAUACCGAUCUUCCAUGCAUUCAUCGACGGGUUUUUCCCCAGCCAUGCUAUUGUUCGGACAGGAACUCCGUCUUCCGGUCGAGAUUCAAACUCCGCUGUUACCAUACGAGAAAAUCGACUGCAUUCCCUAUGUCCGACAUCUUCGCCACCACCUAGAGGUCGCCUACAACCUGGCGCGUCGUCAUCUACAGUCCUCGUCCGACCAACAGAAGACUAAUUACGACCGAUUUGCCCGUGGCCCCACUUACUCGCUUGGCGAUUACGUCUGGCUUCAUCGACCAUCUGUUCCGGCCGGUUCCUGCCCCAAAUUCUACGCUCCCUGGCAAGGACCCUAUGAGAUCGUCCGGCAUCGACCCCCGACUACAUAUGUCCUGCGGCAUCUGCAACGGCCUCAAGCGAAGCUAGUCACAGCACAUUAUAAUCAACUGAAACCACAUCAUCCAGCAGCCGUCACGGAACCGUCUCCACCCGCGCAACCGCCGCCCGCAACCAGCUACGUCGAGGUGCCGCCCGAUGGAGGUGUUGCAUACCCUACACCACCACCGGGCACUGAGGACAGUGCCUCCAGAGGGGAGGAGGCGAUGUAAUGCAAUGGAAACCGAUACAAUGCCACUAAACAAGUUUCUUUUUUCUCUUUUUCAGAAAGAAACGGUGAUGUGGCAUCAUUGGAGCAAGAGGAGGACCAGUUAUCAAAGCUUGUUAUAAAUGACGAUAACUAACUUGUACCCGGGUAAUUUGAGUCCGGCUUCCUUUAAAAUAAACGCUUCCUCCGUACCGUCUUUGCCUUCUUCUCCACCCGUCGUGUCUGUGGUCUGUGUGUCUUACAGUUGCAAUGAUUAGUGUUUCAGGUGGACUGUGUCAAAGUAUC